AUGCAGGAUGUGGUGCUGGAGGUUGUUCGCUUCAUCCCAGGUCCAAACGAUCUGGUCGCGUUUCUUGAGGCCGUGCGACCCGUGGACCGCAGUGAUGUCCUCCGCAGCCUUCGCGCGCUCCUGCUAGCGAUCCCUCCCGACCGGCUCUGGCCCGAGCCGAUGCUUGACUAUGCGCCAGAUGCCCUCAUAAUCUCAUCGGAGGAAAUCGGCGACGUCUUCACGCCGUGGCCCACACAUCUCAUCGUCAUGUCAAUCUUCUUGGCCUGGGACGAUGCCGACACGGCGUCGGUCUGCAGGGCGUGGCGCGGCUGUAGCCAGCUGCGGCACGUCGAUGUCCAAUUUGAAACGCUAAACCAGAUGCAACUCGACGCCUUCAUGGACGUUGCGCACGCUAGCGAUGCAAGCGCCGAGUUCGAGUCCAGCGACAGCCUCUGCGCCUGGCUCGCGACCACGUCAGCUACGUCGCUCGGCUUGUCCGACGUGGCCUUUCAUGAAACCAAGACGGCGCUCACCUCGCUUGCGCUGGACCAUGUUGAUGGCCUCGUGCCACCAUCAUCGCUCUCGUCGAACCUCUAG